CUGCUACUAAGGUUGGGAUUCACAAAUAAAAGGAGCAUAUUAUUACACCUUAUGAAAUGAGGAGAACACCACCAUGUUGAACUCUCGGAUCCAUAAGUCGUUACCAUAUAAUAAUUUGUUAGGGAGUGAACAGGAGAAGUUUCAAAGACUUUUUUUAAGCUGUGGACUAAAUAGGCUUCCAAAAUAUACAUCCUGGAUACCCUAUAGAACAUCACCUGGUCCUCCAAAGAAACCACCCCCUUUAUAUUUUAAGUUUGUGAGCACUGCUACUCUGUGGGACAGAGGAGUCUACCAUUAUACAAACAAGCAACCAAACGCAUCACAUAAUUCUCCAUGUCCUAGAUUUAUUGCUCAUAUGGCAACGUCUCCCGAUGAGCAACACCACUCUAAGAUUGCUAGUAACAAGUCUCCUGGACAUCCAAAGAAUGGGAGAAACCUACAUGGGAAACUGUUAUCCUGCACAAACAGUCAAUCAAACACUCCAGCUUACAUGAGAGGAAGAAAGAAGCCAACGGCUGAGGUGAUUUUACCUAGAUGUGUUCUACAGAAGGUUCCCAAGCAGCCUUUACCAAGCAUGGCUUCUAGUGAUGGUGAGCCUGAUGUAACAAUAGAUGAUGGUCUAGCACCAAUAACAUCUAAUGAUGCAGUGAUCAACACAUCGCAAAAUGAAGAAGAAAGGAACUCAACACAACUGAUUCUGGCUCCGGAAAUAGCAAUCUUUUCAAAAUCUAGUGAAACCGAGAGUGUCUACACCCAAGAACUUUUGACCAGUAGUGUUCACUCAGGAAAAAAUAUGGAGUGGUCAAAAGCAUCAUUUCAUGAAGUUAACAGCAUCUACAAAGAAAAGGAAGACUCAGAUUUGUCUGGGAAGGUUUCCAGCUGCAGCAGCCUCUACAGGUCUUGCAGUACUCCAUUUUCCCAGCUGCUUUCUUCAUCAUCAUCCUUAUCUGUAAAUAUGGCCUCCAAAUCUGAGGCAGCAAUCAAGAAUAGCUCCGGUAGAGUCACUAAGCAGGUGGAGAAAUCUUUUCGAUCAGAAAGUGAACGACACUACAGUCCUGGUCUACACAGUAGUAGUUCCCUUGGUAACCCAAACCUUGAGAAGGCCUCCUCGCAGUCAGUGAGAAUAGACUCACAGGACUUAGACUUUGCAUCUUCUUUUGAUGAAAUGUGGCAUGACCGUUUCCUUCAUCACUGGCCAGUCCUUCCACCGAUCUCCCCACAAAGAGAGUCUAGUAGUAUGGAUGAGAUUGAGAAAAGAUCCCAAACCUCAGAAUUCAGCAAUGGCACUCAGGAGGCUUUUGACGAGCUGGAAAUCAUAGCUCCACACACUGGAUCAUCAGGAAGUCCUCAGAGUGGCUCAUUUGCAAGUUUUUCAUCAGCUUCAGCAACCUGUAAACCUAUUGCAUCUCAUACAAUUGGGUUUUUCAAUCAAGAAGAGUCACUUGCAGAAGUACGGCUUGCCCUCUUAGAUCACUCUGAUUGUGGAGAAGAAAGUAACACUGUAGAAGAUGCCAAUACUAAUGAAUUCAUGACUUUUCCUGAACAAGGUCACGGGUUCCCCCCUGCAGCUGGAUUGCCAAAUGUACUCUAUUCACCCAACGCUUAUAUAAAUAAGGGAGAAGAUAAUCUGCAGAAAGACCACAAUCUCAUAGGUGAUGAAGAAAUGGAGUUAAAAACUCAAGAAGAGUUAUGUCAUGAAAUUGAAUCAUAUAUAAAGAUUUCCAAUAACAAGGUCUCCCAGAGGUCUUCAGAUAUGGAUGAUGCACAUGAUGUAGGAGGAACAAUAUAUGAUGAAGAUAACAAACUAGAUGGUGGCAAUGUGAAUCACAGGAGUGUAGAAUCACAACGUCGCCCACUUGGCAGAAAAACAAUAAAACUGGACCACAGCAUAAGGCAAGAAAUGGAAAGACAGAUGCUAGCGGAAGAAAGGAGAGCCCAAGCUGUGAAAAUGUAUUCAAAAUUACGAAGUUCUAGACUGACAACUAUUCGCACACCACAGUCCAUGAGUAUAUCCAGAUUUGAAGAUUUCGACUUUUUGGCAAAAUACUGCAUCUUCAGCCAGGAGAAGUUGGCUGAGUAUAAAAGGGCUUUUGAAGCGGUGGAUACUGAUGAAGAUGGAUACUUGGAUUGUCUGCAAGUCCUUAUGGCAUUGAAAGAAAUUGUUCCAGGAAAUGCCCUAAGCGAUGCUGAGGAGUUCUAUGUGUACCGGAUUCUAGAGAUUGUGGACUAUUAUGUAACAGAUGGCCUAACAGACCUGCGACUCUUCGCUGUGAUGGCUAGCUUGGCGCAGAAAAUAGCAGCACUAGAUUCUUUCAUGAGAUCAUUGAUUGAUCAUAUGGACUUCAAGGCCUUGGAGCUGAAAAUGUAUAAGGCUAAGCAACUCUUCCUGUGCAAUAUUGAUGCAGAAAGCAAGAGCAUCAGUGUGGAACAGCUCCUGGUGGAACUGAAGGCUGGCGGGAUUAGUAGAGAGCAUGAAGAAGCGGCACAACUGGAAUUAAGUCAUAUUAAGAAGCUGGAUAUCCUUGACUUUCUGACAUAUUUGCCACUUUUUGUUCUUAUUCAUAAUUCUGUUAUAUCUAAUCCUCUUGAUGACUCUAGAAAAAUAUGAAAAAAAAAUGGUUACACUGGUCAGCCCUAACAUUAACUACUAAUAAUGUGUUGGUCUCCCUCAUGCCAUCAAAAAGCUGUAGCUUUAAUGCACUCCACAAUAACUCUGAAGGUGUCCUGUGGUAUCCUUAGGCUACUUUCACACUGGCGUUUUGGUUUCCAUUUGUGAGAUCCAUUCAGGGCUCUCACAAGCG